AUGCAGAGCACAUUGUUGCUGGUAGCGCCUGCGCUAUUUGCUGCCAGUAUAUACAUGGAGUUGGGCCGAAUCAUCCUUCUCGUCAAAGGGGAGAAGUUUGCAAUCAUUCGGGUGACCUGGAUGACCAAGAUAUUUGUUGCGGGAGACGUGCUCAGCUUCCUGAUGCAAGCAUCCGGGGCGGGGAUCUUGGUCACGGACAACCAAAGUAUCGGCGAAAAUGUUAUCGUUGGCGGUCUCUUUGUCCAGAUCAUCUUUUUCGGUUUCUUUGUGAUAAGCGCUUUCGUCUUCCAGCGUCGGAUCACUGCCCAUGCAACUCCCGAGUCCGUCGCCGAGUACAUUCCUUGGAAGAAACAUAUGGGCGCGCUAUAUGCAUCAAGUAUUCUGAUCUUGGUUCGAUCCGUAUUUCGAGUUGCUGAAUACCUUCAAGGCUGGGAUGGUUCAUUGCUGCAGAGCGAAGUGUUCAUAUAUGUACUGGACGGACUUCUGAUGUGGUUCGUCAUGGCUAUCUUUCUGGUUGUUCACCCGAGCGAGAUCAAUUGCCUGUUGGGUCGCGGGAAAAUGAUGACAGCCAAAGGGGGUCUCCAGGUCUGUGAGGCUGCUCCUCCUGUUUAG